GACACUCGGAGCACCCCGCCGAAGAAUUCCAAGAAUAAGAUGAAGCACGUAAAGCGCAUCACAAAAGUCGGGGACACCAUCGGCACCAAUUUAUGCCGCGAGUGGGAAGGCGACAAGGGCGAGACGUACCUUCUUGAUGUGGCGGACACGGGCAAGUAUUGGACAUGCACGCGUUGGGGAGCAGACGGCUGCUCUAAGACGUUCACCGUGGUUCCCGACGAGGUCUGUGCUUGCCGCUACCGCUGCCGCUCUGCACAAAUUGACGGGCUGCUCUUGGCAGGAAGUAUGGCCAGCCAGGAUGUCCCAGGUUCCGUUUGCCAAGUCAUACGUACAUUCAUGGGGGCGGUAAGGAUGGCUCCCCUGCUGCUCGGCACGCGGGACCGCGACAGGGCCAAGAAGGAGGCCACCGCGCUGGCCAGGGCGCCCGCCCCGAGCCCCAACUUGAGUGCAGAGGACAAGGCGGUGGACGACACGUCGGCGGCAGUGAGGUCGUCGGGCACCCCGGCAGACGGGCCCUCGGACUCCGCGUGCUGCCUGUUCUGGAUGGUCGGCGGCCCGACGCAGGCGGGCAAGGCGUCGCAGCUCGUGGCCGUCCACUCGGAGAUGGCACAGUGCGUGGAGCUGGCCGGGGCGGAGGUACUCGAGGACAGCGCCGCGUCGUGCCUGGUCCAGGUCAGGCCGCGGGCGGAGGACGGCAUGAGCGCGGAGGACGUGGCGCUGCGGCUCGGGGAGCUCCUGUGCCGGUGGGCGCGGGCGCAGCUGCCGCCCAUUCCCCUCCGCGUGGGCGUGCACACCGGCAGGCUGGCGUCCUUCGCGCUGCCUGGCACCGGCCGCAGCACCUACACCGGAGAGGCGGCGGUGGUGUGCAGGCACCUGGUGCUCUCCGCCGACCAGGACGGGGCGGUGCACUUCUCCAGCGAGGUGAGGGGCAGGCUGCGGCUGCUCGGCGCCGCGCCCGUGCUGCUGUCGCGCCAGGGCAGCUCCUACCUGCUCGACGGCGGUGCUGCGGCGGAGGCGGAGGCCACCGAGCAGGCAGCCAGCGGGACGCUGACGGAGCUCGUGGGCGAGGGCUUCGUGCCCUCGGCGAAGCAGGCCAGAGUAGGCCCCAGCUUCGUGCGCUCGGCGGGCCACGAGCAGGCGGAGCCGGCGGGCGACGGGAAGCAGAUGUCCUUCCCAGAGUUCGCGAAGCACCUCCAGGCUUACGACGUGGACGUCGCGGAGUUUGGUCGCGGUGACGCGAAGACGCUGCAGGAGUUCUACGACGAGGUCAUGGUCGACCAGGAGUCCAGUCUCAUUCUGACGGGCGACCGCCUGGAGAGGUUCGUCGAGAUUGUCCGCAUUCAGCUCCUUAUGCGGAGCGACGACAACCGCCUGCGCGAGCUCAGGAUCUCCGCACAAGCCACGGCGGAUGGCCGGGUCCGCAGGCGGAACCAGAAGCUCGCCGUGGUCAUGAAGGCCUGCGACGGCCAGCACUGGAAGGACGCCGUGGUCAAGUGCCUGGAGCAGAAGUUCGGCCUCAGCAGGGCCGACCAGAGGAAGUGCCUGUCCUUCGAGUGGAGCGCCCACGAGCUGGCAGAAGAGCGGCGUGCCUCCAAGACCGUUCCAGACGUCAUGACCGUCUACAAGGUUCACAGCGUCACCGUGACAGUGAAGGACAAGAGGGUGCCCGAGCUGGCCACGCUCGGCCUGCCUCUCGGCCUGGACUUCACCACGCAGAAGGGCACCCGCUUCUGGAACUGGGCCCCCGUGGCCAACAGCAGGGAGGACAUGCUGAUCGAUCUGCUGAAGGCGAACGGCGUCAACAGUUCGGAGUUCCCCGCCGGUGCGUUCGCGGACCUCUACGACGAGGUCUACGAGAGCUGCCAGUCGACGUUGACGGUCGUUGACCGUGAGCUCGUGCGCAAGGUGAGGGUCAUCAAGCUUUGGAUGCACGCCGACAUCCUCGCAGUGGACCACGUCCUGCUCCUGGGCUCCAAAAUCCAGAGGGGCAAAAGUGACACAAACGACAAGGGGCGACCCCUCACGAUGAAGAUGCCACUGGAAGGGGACUGGAAGCAGGCGGUGGAGACAGUCCUCCACACGCGCCUUGGCAUGACGAGGGACACCCAGCUGAGCUGCAUCGCUGUCGACGAGGGCUCCUAUAGGGAGAGCGAACAGUGGUCGUACUCGUCCAGCUUUCCCGGUCUCAAGACCUGCUACAAGAUCAACGAGGUCACUGCCCGCGUCGUCAUGAACGAGGUCGAUGCGUCCACCUUGCACCGAAUCGGGCUGCCAGACGGGCAGAACUUCGCGUUCUCCAGGUGGGAGCCCGCGAGGGGGCCCGGCCAGGACGACCUCGUCAUCACCCACUGGCAGUGGCAGAGCAGCAGGGACCUCGUGAGCAGUCCCCUCGAGCCCGCGCCGGGCAAGGCGGCGCCCGCGGCAAAGACCUACGUCGAGGCGCGGCUGCAGAGGAGGCGCCACCUGGUCCCCGACUUCGAGGCCGCCCCAGAGCCGAAGGUCGGUUGUGGGCCGAUGUCGCCGCGCUCGCGCGCGCGCGGCGACACGUUGCUCGAGCGCCUCAUGAAGGGCAGGAAGAUGGACAUGAAGAGGGCCAGGCGCGCGGCAUCUCGUAUCUGUGACCCCAGAUACAGCUGCAGAGACUUCUACGAGGACAUCACCGCGGCUUUCCCGGAGCUGAGGCUCUACCUAUGCGGUGACAUGACCAGCGGACGCGCCGGCGAGGACGAGUACCAGCGCACGUUGGGCGCCAUGUUCUGCUUCUUUUGGAUGAUGCGGCUGCACCUCGACGGCGCUCACUCGUUCUGCUUCGGGCUUGACGAGAACUGGAAGCCGCGCCAGAAGCCGUACGACAACAGCUCCGAGGCAAUGGCGGAGUGGGAGCGACGGAGCGCGUUCCACCGGGACGCCGAGUGGGCAUCGCUGGAAUUGUUGUUGGUCAACGCUGGGUUCUUGGAGGAAGCCACGCCGCCAGAGUUGCAGCCAGCGCGCAAGCGGAGCUUCCUCGAGCUCGCGUCCAAGAGGGCGUACGUGUUGCGUAAGCAUGACGUGGAGCGGACGCUGGCCAUGCUGGUUCUCACCGCCAUCCACGACAUCAUGAAGACCGUCCAAUUAUUGCCCACUGUUAGUAAGAAGCACGGCACCUUCCGCGGGUACAAGGUCGGCGAGAUGAUCAACGACCACGACGCUGCGCUUGCAUACAUUCUCGAGCACUAUCCGAGCGUGCUCCCGUCGUACGCGGCCCUCUCCCGAGAGCAGCAGGAGAGCAUCAAGUUCACUCAGAGCAAGAUGGAGUACAACAUGGGCUGGCUUGUGCAGGCAGAGGCACCCCCGGGAGCCCUGUUCAGAAAGUUCAAGCGCGUUAUCGAGUCCGGCCAGGCAUCUCCGCAGGACCUUGCCUUUUAUUUUACGCACUGGUUCACCGAUCUGGCCGGCGCCGAGCCGUUCCCGACAGAGGGUUGCGAGAAGUUCGUGCUCAGAUUCCCCAAGCAUGUCCUGAACCAGUUCUUGCUGUCGUUCUCCAUCGUGCAGAGCAUAAGCGCUCCAGGCGCCACCGAGGCGAAAGUGUACGAGGAUUAUCUCCAGUGGCGGUGGGACAGCCAUAAGCCAGCACUCGGCCCCGCGCCCAUGGGCAAGGGGUCGAUCGCCAAGAUGCGUUUGGUUGUCAUGGCGCAGGGCGAUAGCGAGGCCAUCGUCCGAGCCUUCGACGCAUUGCCCGAAGAGGACAUGGAAGUACUCAGCACUGAGAUGUCCAUGGUGGACAUUUGGAAGCAGAGCUGGUCCCGCGAGAGGUCGGAGUUCCGGGGCCCCGCUAUCCUGGUCUACUACGCGCCCGCACUGAUGCAGAAGGCGGGGAAGCAGGACCCCCAUGGGGCCCUCCUGCUGCUCGCGGACGUGUUCCGCCAGGCCCGCGCCCUGUGGCCACUGUCCGAGGCGGCCGGGAACUGGUGGGUGUCGGUGCGCGUGGACCAGCUGAAGGAGCUCACGGUGAGGGAGAUCCGCGAGAGCAACCCGAGCAAGGUCUGGGCGGUCACGAAGCUGACGUCCCGCGAGGGCGCGGUCCAGCGCAUGUCGCUGCUCGAGACCCGGACAGGAGACUGGGACACCAACCACAGGGUCCUCGACGUCGGCGACCGCGGAGCCGUGGAGCCCCACCAGCGGGAGACGGCCGUCGCGGCCGCGGAGGGGGACCCGGAGGGGCAGGCCUCUGGCAAGAUCUGGUGGGGGCGCGGGGCAUCGUUCUACUGCAAGGUCGGCGCGGAGGCGAAGAACGACGUCCUAACAUGGUACAGGCCAAGCGCACGGACCGCGUCAUUCGUCUGGCGGGCGAAGCCAGGCGCAGCGCGCUCGCCGCGCCUGCGGUCGGAGUCCACCAGCUCGGGAGGAGAGAAAGUACGGCCGCAGAGCUUUCCUGCCGUUCGUUAUCGAGGUCGGGCUCCGCGGAGAAGCUGGAGUCGCGGCCCCAGUGGCGCCCGAAGGAGGACCGAGCAACGCGACAAUGCGGGCGACCAGCCGUGCGAGAAGUUGGCCAGCACGAGGCCGAGUCUGCCAGAGGGCUUCCAGCCGCCGCCCGGCCUCGAGGCCCCGGACGAGGCAGCGGGGCUCCAUCCGCCCCUCUUGCACGGCACCAACCUCCCGGCCAUAGGCCCGGCCGGCCGAGACGGCGAGCGCUGGGUGACCCGCGCCGAGGUCGGCGCCCACGACGGGAGCGGCGAGGUGACGUACCGCGACGGGGUCUACGACGUCACGCGCUACCUGGCGGAGGAGCACCCGGGCGGGCGGCUCCUCCUCCAGGUGCCGAGGGCCCUCGAGCGGCUGCGGAUAGGCCGGCUCGUCGACUUCGAGCCGGAGCAGAGCGGCCAUUGCCGCGCCGAGAAUCGGAGGCGGGCCUCAUCGCUGAGCGAGAUGCCCUACCAGUCCGAGACCCCCUCGGCGGAGCUGGCGCUCUCGUACUUCACCCCAAACGGGGCCUUCUACGUUCGCAACCACGCCCCAGUGCCCCACGUGCCGCCCGACGAGGCCGGCGAGCACGCCAUCACAUUCUGCAUGGGGGAGGACGAGGUCGCGACCCUGACGCUGGCGGAGCUCCGGGCCAGGUUCGGCACCGUGAGCGUCGUCUCCGUGAUGCAGUGCGCGGGCAACCGGGCGGCGGACAACAUCGCCGCCAACGGCGUCCACGCCAGCGGCUUCGUCGGAGGGGACAGCGAGCACAUCGGGCUCGGGAUGCUUGGAAACGCGCUCUGGCGCGGCCCUCGGCUGGCGGAGGUGUUGCGGGAGCUCCUGCCCCUGCGGGCCGGCGUGGACGCGGGCGACCUCCACGUGACUUUUGAGGGCCUCGACGGCUACUACACGUCUUCUGGGGAGCCCAACAACGGCACGGCCAUCAGCUAUCGAAGACCUCCGCGAGCUCCUGCUCGCGUGGCCGUGCGUGGCCGUUGUGGCUCCCCGUGCUCGCCCCUGCGCCACGUCCUGGACGGCUCGAGCGACGGCCUGCUGGCCGUGGAGAUGAACGGCGCGCCGCUGCCCCCCGACCACGGCUUCCCCGUGCGCGCACUCCUGCCAGGCGUCGCUGGUGCCAGGAACGUGAAGUGGCUCAGCCGGGUCACCGUGGGCGGCCGGACGGACUCGCCCUGGACGCGCCAGUAUUACCGCGACAGGCCCAGCCUGGAGCCGAUCCAGCUGCUGCCCAUGAACUCGGUCAUCUUGUCCCCUGAGCCGGGAGCCCAUGCGCCCGCAGAGGCGCGGGGGAGAAGAAGGAGGAGCAGGGAAAAUCAAUGA